CAUUUAAGGAAAGUGCGCCCUGCACCGACCUCAUUGUUACGUAGUCGGUGUGGUUACCAAUCGGAAAGCAGGAUCUCAGGGCGCUCCGACUGAUUUUACAUCACGAUUUAAGGGUAGGGUGCCCUGCACUGACCUCUUUAUUGUUACGUUUUGGUGCAAUGACCAAUCGGAAAGCAGGAUCUCAUCGUAGCAGGGCGCUCUGACCGAUUUCCAUUGUUCAUCUGUCGACCGAAGGGUAUAAAAGGCGGAGAAAAAGUGUUGUACCUCAGUCCCAUUUGGGAAAGUUAGAAACGAUGGAAGAUCGAAGGCUUAUAAAAGCUAAGACGCCGAGGGCCAAGUUCAGUUUCAUGAGAGGGCGUGACGGCCACCCGCGCACUCCAAGCCAGAAGAGGUCAAGAGACAGCACAGGAUCGGAUGCAAGAGGAAAGCGUCAGCGGCUGAACUUCGAAGCAGCCAGUACAUCUGUGACUGUGAGUGAUCCCCUGGCCACAUAUAAGAUGAUGCUGAGGACAGAAGGCGAGAUGUUUGAAGUGCAACUUCAAGAUGGUGUGAAGGGAGCCCGUAUUCUUCAUGAACACCCUCUUCUGCGUUGAUCGGCUACAUUGGAUAAACCACACCGGAUGCAGCGACGGUUACUGCAUGGAUUCUUACGGACAACAUGGUUCCAUCGACGUACAGCAAAUAAACUCCCA